GAGCUCAGAGUUGACGCUCCGCCCACACUUCCUCUCAACAAUCCCAUAAUUCAGUGCGUUCCACCUCUCUUUCAAGGAGAUCUUUUACUCAGGACGUGUUAGUUGUGUACUUGCCUUCAAGUUUUGGUGAAAGAUGGCUGGGGUAAUUGAAGAGAAGAUGAAGGGAUACAGAACUGCUCCAUUCGAUGCCCGCUUUCCCAACACCAACCAGACACGAAACUGCUUCCAGAACUACCUUGACUUUCACAGGUGUAGUAAGGCACUGUCAGCAAAAGGACAGGACGUCACUCCCUGUGACUGGUAUCAGAGGGUCUACAAGAGCCUGUGCCCUAUCAGCUGGGUUGAGAAGUGGGAUGGACAGGUUCAAGACGGAAGCUUCCCUGGAAAGAUCUGAACAGCCUGUGGUAGCCUUUUGUAGAUUACCUCAUUAAACAUGUUAAAUUUGUUUAGCUUGAGUGCUUGAGGGGUGACAGUCAUGAUAGUCACCCACCUAAUCAUGACCUAGUCACCCACACCUUUCAGUGGUUCACACUGUUCAGUUUUGUCACUCUGUCUUAUUUACGCUGGUUACAUAAUAAAGACGCACAAUGUUAAUUA